AGAAUCAAGAAGUAAAAGGCGUCGCAAAUCUACUGAGGAGGAAUUUAUUCAUCUAUGCGGGAGGUGACCCAGGGUCAGAGAGGGCGGGCUCGAUGAACAGGUACACAGAACAGACAGCCUUCUGAAAACAAGUUUCUGCGAUCAGCAUUAGCAAGUCAUCACAGAUCUUAAAUUAAACUGAGGGAAAGGUUGUGUUGGUGAUGCUGGAGAUCUGCUGUUGAGGAAGUGCACAAGUGUACACAGUGUUGUGUUGAAGAAAGGACUAGAAGCAGAUCAUAAAAGAUGGCCAACUUCAAAGGACAUGCACUGCCUGGCACUUUCUUCUUGCUGUUUGGUUUCUGGUGGUCUGUGAAAUAUCCGCUGCGACACAGCUGGAAGAAGAGACAACAUGGCACUAGGCAAAGUCUGCCUCUGUUCUUUAACAGGAUAGACCUCAUUGAGGGGAGCCUAAAGAUCUUUUUCGCUUUUGUUGGCAUCAUGGCCGAGCAGUUUGUACCUGACGGACCUCAUGCUCACCUUUAUAAUGGGGAGUGGGUGAAACUAAUGAACUGGCAACACAGCACCAUGUACCUCUUCUUUGGCAUCUCUGGCAUUGCAGAUGUUCUCAGCAUGUCCUCACUUCCUGUCCCAGCUGGCCUUGACCGACUUGGCCUAUCUGUCGCUCUCUUUGUAGAAGGGUUCCUUUUCUAUUUCCAUGUACACAAUCGGCCUGCUCUAGACCAGCACAUUCACUCGUUGCUGCUAGUGGCUGUAUUCGGUGGGGCAGCCAGCACAAUGCUUGAGGCCCUCCUGCAGGAUAACGCUCUGCUUGAGGUGUUCAGGAGCAGCCUGGCUAUUCUGCAAGGCACCUGGUUCUAUCAGAUUGGUUUUGUGUUGUAUCCUCUAAAUGGAGAAGAGUGGGAUCUGGAAGACCAUGGCAACAUCAUGUUUAUUACUAUGUGCUACUGUUGGCAUUACGCAGUAGCAUUGCUGAUUGUGGGCGUGAAUUACAGCACAGUGUGGUGGAUCACAAACAGGUACAGAGGGAGGCAGAGGACGGAUUUAGAAAUCUCCCUCAGGAAAACCACUCACUCGGACUCUAGUUCCCAGAAGGCUUUGCUCCAGGAAUCAGAUGAAGAAUAGACUUCUGCUCACUAGCAUGAGAAGAUUUCAGUUGAUAUCAAUGAGAAUAGUAGAGAUGUGAGCAGGAAUUCUGACAAGUCCCACCUAUUCCUGUAGGAAUUUUGACCAAUCCCGCUUGCUCUUGCAUUUUUGUUUGUACCAGCCUGCAAUAUUUUCUGCCUAGUUGCGACCCUCACCAGGAUAAAGCAGUUAUUGUGGACAAAUUAAUAAAUAUUAAUAAUAAAUACAUAUUUAAAUUAGUACAAUAAUAUUUAGGACUUUAGGAUAUUUAGGAUUUUAUUUUAUUUAUUGGCAUCAUAGAGCUUUUUAUUCCUGAACUUUCCCCUGCACACAUCAGGUCCAAUUAUUUAUAGGUUGACAUUUCUUUUUAAGUUAUUGAGGUUCUGAUUACUCAUUCAAGUGACCAGCCAAAUAGAGUACUAAUUAUAAUAAGUCAGUAAUUAAAUAAUGUUGAUAAUGGUGAGUUGUUUCUAUCACUCUUUUAAAAAAAAAAAAAAAAAAAAAAAAAAAAAAAAAAAAAAAAUUACACACCUCUGUAGCGACCACUGCUUUAGAGUACAGCACAAAAUACAUAGAAACAAUGCAUACCUAACACAUAACUAAUUAAAAAUAGUUGAACUGCUUUAUCCAGUUUCAUUAGAAUAGUAUAUAUGUUCAUAAUGAACAAAUCAAACAUCAGGAAGUUUCCUAUAAGCCAAAUUAAAACCACAAUAAUGUGUUAUCAAAAAACAGUUUUGAAUCUGAAGUCAGAAAACUGUGUUGUCAGUGCCUAGAAGCCAUCUUUUGUACUUACAGUCUUGCAAGAAAGCAUUAUUUCUUGAGUGUGAGAACCUGUGAAUAAAGCAGUUUUUUUCUAA